AUGGCAAUUCCUUCGAAUAUCAGUGGAUUCAGUGUAAUUCCUGUACUCUAUAACUCCUCUACAACACAUUACCUAUAUGCCCGGUCCCAUACAUCAAAAGGACUUUCGAACAAAGUAUUACCUGAAGGACGAACUCUUUUCCUAGUCAACCUUCCACCGGACGCGACAGAGCGAGAAUUGGUAUUAUUCUUCAAGCAUAGCGGGACAGUGGAGAAGGUCGUCUUUGAUUUUGAUGUGAAGGAGCUCCAAAACGAGGCCAGUGAUAGUGAAUCGGAUGACGAUGAAGAGAUGGAGGGCAUAGACGCCGCUGGAUCAGACGAACAACCCAAAAAAAAGAAGAAAUCCCAGAAAGACAAAGCGGAGGUACCAACGGUAAUACCGCUACCAACAAGACCUUUACGCAAGUUUCGAAAAACUGGUUCUUCUGCCUAUGUCAUUUUCCUGGAUACAUCUUCUUUGGACCGCGCUCUUGCUUCUACCAGUAAACCCAGGACAUGGCCCACAUCCGACGAUGAACCUUCAGGUCUUGGGCACUACCGUGCGAUGUAUGAAGCAGCACGCCCCCCACUAGAUGCCGUUCGUGCAUACGCCGACACUUUCGUCGAGGUCUACGAAUACGAGUUAGCCAAGAGCCGACAAAAAUCAAAAUACCGGAAGGGUGAAGCAAUUGUUGACGAAGAUGGGUUCACUCUGGUUACAAGAGGUGGAGCAUACGGCAAGACGCUUGGAGGCGGAGUGGGUGUAGCAAGCAAAGCAUUCCAACGUUCUGGAGAAUCGGCCAGAAAUAGACAUCACAAGAAGGAAAAGAAGGAGAAGGAAGGUUUCUAUGCUUUCCAGAAGGCUGAAAAGCAGCGCUCAGGCUUGAUAGAACUGAAGAGGAAAUGGGAAGAAGACAAAGCGAAGGUGGAAAAACUGAAGGCGUCCAGACGGUUCAAACCCUACUGA